AUGGCUUUUACCUCAACAUUCUUAGUAUCAAAUAUCCAUUGUCCUUCCUGUGUCUCCUACGCCAAAGAUGUCCUACGUGAAGUUCCUGCCAUCCAUUCAGUUCAUGUUUCACUGAUCGACCACACCAUUCGAGUCAAGCACGCACAUGACAAAACUCAGGAACUUAUUGUCAAGGAACUGUUGAAGGCUGCCUUCGAAGUUCAACAUGUCACAACCAUCGACCCAAACGGUACUCAAAUUUCCGACCACGACGUGUCACCGAACGACCCUUCGUCCUCCGUACCGCGGUCAACAUGGCGCAUGUCUCGUGCUGAACGCAAGCAUAUUCAAAACUGCAAAGCAUGUCAAGAGAAAAGAGCCAGGGAACCCACACGGAAGCGGCCAUGGCCCGCACUUGCACACUCUCGAUGGCCAGGCUUGCCCAAGAACAAAUCUAGGGAUAGUGGCACCGUAGUAUCGGAUGACACUCUCGUCGAGAAGCAUUUUGCUACCAUCAAUAUUGAUGGUACUGCUCACGACGCGGAGGCUCUGCAGUACGCCGCGACAAUCUCAGUUGGCGGCAUGACCUGCGCAUCUUGCAGUGGCACAAUCUCAAAAGAGUUGAACCAUCUUGGCUUCGUGGACUCGGCAGAUGUCAGCCUUAUGACGAACACUGCGACAGUGGUGUUCAAGGCCCCGAAAGAUAACUGCGACAGAAUCGUCGAGGCAAUCGACGACCUGGGCUAUGAAGCUACACUUGACGAGGUGUCGAUGCUCUCUCCAAGAAAGCACUCGCCCACCGAAGUCGCCAAAGAGUACAAGGUCAUGUUGAGCAUCGAGGGUAUGACUUGUGGGAGCUGCGUUGGUACGAUCACUCGAGGACUCCAAGAACUGCCAUUUGUGCGCUCGGUCAACAUUGAUCUUGUCGGCAAUCGCGGCAUUGUGUGCUUUGAAGGUGAACAUAACCUUGGCGCUAUUUUGCAAGAGAUUGAUGAUUUGGGAUACGGCUGCACCGUUGUGAAAGUCGAGGGAGAUUCCAGAUCACCCCGAUCAAAUGAGAUCGAGCGAACACUACGAAUCAAGAUUGAUGGCAUGUACUGUGAGCAUUGUCCAGGCAACAUCAGGUCUGCGCUACAGAAUGCAAUCCCAGCCACAAAUGCAGAUGGCCUCCCUAUGUUCACCGUCACUCAGUCGCCAACACUCCGGGAUCCUAUCAUGACCAUUGUGUACCGACCUGCUCCUCCCGAGUUCACCGUGAGGAGCUUCAUCUCCGCCAUCAGUGCUGGCCAUGAAGCUUUCAAUGCAAGCGUAUAUCACCCCCCGACUCUAGAGGAACGGUCACGGCGAUUGCAACGCAGGGAACAGAAGCACAUCCUCUGUCGACUAGUAUUUGCGGCCGUGAUUGCGAUUCCCACUUUCAUCAUCGGGGUUGUGUACAUGAGCCUUGUCCCCAAAUCGAAUUCUACCAGACAGUGGUUUGAAGAGCCGAUUAUUGCAGGAAAUGCCAUGCGGAUGGAAUGGGCGCUGUUCUUCCUGACUACACCGGUCAUGUUCUACGGCACAGAUCUUUUCCAUGUCCGUGCUUUGAAAGAGAUCAGGUCCAUUUGGAGGCCCAAGAGCAAAGUGCCCUUCUUUCGGCGCUUCUAUCGCUUUGGCAGCAUGAAUCUUUUGAUCAGUGCAGGCGCGUCAGUGGCCUACUUCUCAUCUUUGGCAGUCCUCAUCAUGGAUGCUACCGCCAAACCAUCGUCCAUGGAUCACGGCAGAUCAUCCGACACGUACUUUGACACGGUGACCUUCCUUACCUUUUUCAUCCUUAUCGGACGGUUUCUGGAAGCAUACAGCAAGGCCAAGACCGGCGAUGCUGUUGCAAUGUUGAGUAAAUUACGGCCUGCGGACGCCCUGCUUGUGGAAGAUCGACGGUCAUCGGUCCGCGACGAAAGUACACCACACCCUAGUAUACAACGGAUCCCCGUUGAUCAGCUGGAGGUGGACGAUAUUGUUCAAAUACCUCACGGCACGUCCCCACCCACUGAUGGUGUGAUUGACCAGCAAGGCACGUUUCUCUUCGACGAGAGCUCGCUUACCGGAGAAUCGAAACCGGUGAAGAAGAGCCAGGGUGAAGAGGUCUACACCGGAUCUGUCAAUGUGUCGGAUCCCGUCAGGGUCAAGGUUACCGAAGUUGGCGGUACCUCUAUGUUGGACCGGAUCGUUAAUGUGGUGCGCGAGGGCCAAGCAAGAAGGGCACCAGUCGAACGCAUUGCCGAUAUCCUCACGGGAUAUUUCGUGCCUGUAAUAACGGCCCUUGCGAUCACUACCUGGGUGAUUUGGUUAAGUCUGGGCGAGUCAGGAAAGCUUCCACGAGCGUGGCUUGAUGUCUCGCAGGGAGGCUGGCCAUUUUGGUCGGUUGAGUUUGCUAUUGCUGUCUUCGUGGUUGCGUGCCCUUGUGGCAUUGGCCUGGCAGCCCCAACAGCGCUUUUCGUUGGAGGCGGGCUUGCCGCCAAACACGGCAUCUUGGUUCAGGGCGGUGGUGAAGCUUUCCAGGAAGCGUCGAAUAUCGACGCCAUUGUAUUUGACAAGACUGGCACGUUGACCGAAGGUCAGAUGCGUGUCACCAACUUCGAGAUGCUUCGCCAUCCUUCAAUCAGCAACGAGAACAUGGUCAAUGAGCAGAUCGUCCUGGCACUUGCUCGCAUCCUGGAAGAGUCCAGCACGCAUCCGAUAGCCAAGGCCAUCGCAGAGUACUGCAAACAAGACUCCAACACCCUGCAGAUUGAACAAAUUGAAGUGAGGGAAUCGCCAGGACAAGGGAUGGCGGGCAUUUUCAACUUGAAAGCCCCCUCUGCAACCAGGCGAAUUGAAGCUAUUCUGGGAAAUGAGAAGCUCCUUCAGUCACCUACGGCGAAGGCUGAAACAGUCCCGAACCUCGUUUCCAAUGAGGACUUUUAUCUGACCCCCAUCUUGCGGCGGCACCAAUCGUUGGGUCACUCCACCGCCGUUUUUGCCAUCAGGUCACUCCCCGAAGACACAGAGAAAGCUGCUGCUUUGAGCUCCUCCUUCCAUCCACUGGCGCUCUUCGCAGUUGCGGACCCUAUCCGCACCGAAGCCCCGAGUGUCCUUGAUUCCUUGCGGAGAUUGAAGCUUGAUGUCCACAUGUGUACUGGAGACAACCAAACGACCGCUUUGGCCAUCGCAGCUCAGCUUGGCAUCCCUGCCUGUAACGUUCGUGCCGGCGUGCUCCCCCAGGACAAGGCUGCCUACAUUCAACAGUUGCAGGGCCCCCCUUUCGACAAGGCCGGCCGGCAGAGAAAUGAACGCCGCAUCGUUGCAUUUGUCGGCGACGGCACAAACGAUACUCCCGCUCUUUCGGCCGCGGAUGUUUCCAUUGCCCUUUCCUCCGGCUCCGACGUCGCGGUGACCACAGCUUCCUUUAUUCUACUUAACUCCGACUUGAGUACGAUUCUAGCACUUACCAGACUCGCCCAUCGGGUUUUCCUAAGAGUAAAGCUCAACUUUGCAUGGGCCGCGAUAUACAAUCUAUGCCUCGUUCCCGUUGCGGCAGGCGUUUUCUUCCCGGUUGGUGCGACGCAUAACCAUGGAGGCUGGAGGCUGGGACCUGUCUGGGCAAGUGUGGCUAUGGCUGCCAGCAGUGUCAGUGUGGUCCUGAGCAGUCUCGCUUUGAAGCUGCCCGAGUUCAGAUGGGACAAGAACUAA